GUAUGCUACAUCUUCUUCAGAGAAGUCAAAGUCAGAGGUUCAUAUCAUCUACCAAAAUCUGGUCCUGUCAUUGUUGUUGUUGCUCCCCAUGCUAAUCAAUUCGUGGAUGGUGCAAUCAUUUUGUCAAGAAUUAGAGCCUUGACAAAUAGAAACUCUUCAUCUGUUAUUGCAGAAGCCUCCUACAAAAGGAGAUUUAUUGGCUUUUUAGCUAAAUUGGCCAACUCAAUUCCAGUUCCAAGAGCUCAAGAUAAUUUGAAAUUUGUCGAAGGUGAAAUAUAUUGUAAAGAUGAUGAUGCCAAAGUGAUUUAUGGUAAAAACACCAAGUUCACAAACUUUACACCAAAGGCUUUGAUUGGACUACCCCAAUCAGCUGGUAACUCAGUAAUUGAAGAGAUUAAGAGUGAUACAGAAUUGGUUCUACGUAAACCUUUCAAAAAUGAAAAAGCCUACAAAUUAUUAUCAGAAGGUACCAAAUUCAAAUAUGCCCCAAAAGUUGAGAACGAUGUUACUUUCCAACAUGUUUUUGACCAUUUACACAAAGGAGGUAUUAUUAACAUUUUUCCAGAAGGUGGUUCCCACGACAGACCUGAUUUACUCCCAAUUAAAGCCGGUGUUGCCAUUAUGGCUUUAGGAGCAGCAGCUGCCGAUCCAAAUUGUAAAAUUCAAGUUGUUCCAACAGGAUUGAAUUAUUUUCAUAGAAAUGCCUUCAGAUCUAGAUCAGUUGUUGAGUUCGGUGCUCCAAUUACUAUCACAAAAGAACAUGGUGAAGCUUACAAGAAAAACCCUCGUGAAGCUGUUGGUAAAUUACUAGAUGAAAUCACUACUGCAUUAAAAAGUGUAACCUUAACAGCACCAGAUUAUGAUACGUUGAUGCUUAUUCAAGCUGUUAGAAGGCUAUACGCUAAGAAAGUCCCAUUAUCCUUGGUUAUCGAUAUGAAUAGAAAGUUUUUAAAAGGUUACCAUACAUAUAAAGAUAACCCAAGAGUUAUUCAUUUGAAAAAUGCUGUUUUGGACUACAACAAGAAACUAGACCAAUUGGGGUUGAAGGAUCAUCAAGUGGAACUUGCUGUGAGAAGUCGUUUCGAAAGUUUGAUUACACUAUUGGUUAGAUUGGUUCAAUUGAUAAUUUUGGGUAUAUUGAGUUUACCAGGUACUGUUUUAUUUUCUCCAAUCUUCAUCGCAACUGAUCAUAUUUCAAAAAAGAAACAAGCAGAAGCAUUAGCUGGAUCUGUUGUUAAAAUUAAAGCUGUCGAUGUUAUUGCAACCUGGAAGAUCAUUAUUGCAACAGCAUUUGCUCCAGCCCUAUACAUCACAUAUUCACUUCUUGGAACUUGGUUAACUUACAGAUUUAACAUACUUGGUGCAACUUCACAUCACAUUUUUUUCAUCUUUGCAGGAAUCUAUGCCAUUUUAGUGACAACUACAUAUGCUGCUUUCCGUAUUGGUGAGGUUGGUAUGGAUAUUUUCAAAUCUUUACCACCAUUGGUGUCCUCAGUGUUUAGUUCAGAACAUGAAUUACUCCAACUGAAAGAAACAAGAGAAAAAUUGGCUUUAGAGGUUACAGAAGUCGUUAAUGAUUUAGGUCCAUCAGUUUUCCCAGACUUUGAUACAUUCCAUGCAAAGAACUUUGAAAAGGUCAAUGAUGAUGAGGAAGAUGAAGGAAAUGAACGCUCAAGAUCUAGUUCAGUAGUAUCCAGUGUAUCCAACGCUCUUUCAAGAGUCAAUUCUGAAGGUAGAAUAUCGGAUAUUCCAAUCUUGGGGGAUGGU